AUGGAUGGUGAGGAGGAACAUCAAAUAGAUGGUGAAGUUAAUAACCAUCAUGAGAACAAGUUGAAUGAGAAAAAGAGAUCAUGGGGAAAACUAUUUCGUCCCGAUUCAUUCAGCAUCGAAGCCGGGAAAACUCCAACGAAUACGAAUCAUACCUCAUUGUUGAGUUGGAGAACGACUUUGAGUUUGGCAUUUCAAAGCCUAGGAGUGGUCUAUGGAGACAUUGGGACAUCACCUUUGUAUGUGUACGCAAGUACUUUCACUGAAGGCAUCCAAGACAAAGAUGAUGUUAUUGGUGUUCUCUCACUUAUCAUAUAUACUCUUACUCUCGUUGCACUCCUCAAAUACGUCUUCAUUGUUCUUCAGGCUAACGACAACGGUGAAGGAGGAACAUUUGCAUUGUACUCAUUGAUAUGUCGUUAUGCAAAAAUGGGACUAAUUCCAAACCAAGAACCAGAAGAUAGAGACCUCUCAAACUAUACACUUGAACUCCCAACCAAACAAUUAAGAAGAGCCCAUAUGAUCAAAGAGAAGCUCGAGAACUCUAAAUUUAUGAAGAUCAUACUUUUCCUUGUUACUAUUAUGGGCACUUCCAUGGUCAUUGGUGAUGGAAUCCUUACUCCUUCCAUCUCAGUACUAUCAGCUGUGAGUGGAAUCAAAUCGCUCGGCCAAAACACGGUGGUGGGCGUUUCGGUCGCAAUCUUGAUACUUCUAUUCGCAUUUCAACGGUUUGGAACCGAUAAAGUUGGAUUCUCAUUCGCCCCGAUCAUCCUCGUGUGGUUCACAUUACUGACGGGAAUCGGUCUCUUUAAUCUUUUCAAGCAUGACAUUACCGUCUUAAAGGCACUUAACCCACUCUAUAUCAUUCAGUACUUUAGAAGAACUGGUAAAAAGGGUUGGAUCUCACUUGGAGGUGUAUUCCUUUGCAUUACUGGGACUGAGGCCAUGUUUGCUGAUCUAGGUCAUUUCAGCGUUCGAGCCGUACAGAUUAGUUUCUCAUGUGUCACAUAUCCAGCGCUACUAACAAUAUAUUGUGGCCAAGCUGCGUACCUCACUAAACAUACUUCUAACGUUUCAAAUACUUUCUACGACUCAAUCCCAGAUCCUAUAUACUGGCCAACAUUUGUGGUGGCUGUAGCAGCAUCGAUCAUCGCGAGCCAAGCUAUGAUAUCGGGGGCAUUCUCGGUUAUCUCGCAGUCUCUUCGUAUGGGUUGUUUCCCUCGGGUGCAGGUGAUUCAUACCUCGGCUAAGUACGAGGGACAAAUCUACAUCCCCGAGAUCAACUACGUGCUUAUGCUUGCAUGUAUUGCUGUUACACUCGCCUUCAAAACAACUGAGAAGAUUGGUCAUGCUUAUGGGAUAGCUGUUGUAACCGUUAUGGUCAUCACGACAUUUAUGGUGACUCUUAUAAUGCUGGUUAUAUGGAAGACCAACAUAGUAUGGAUCGUUAUGUUCUUGGUUGUGUUUGGUUCUAUAGAGAUGUUGUAUCUAUCUUCGGUCAUGUACAAGUUUACGAGUGGUGGGUAUUUACCGCUUGCGAUAACCAUUGUUUUGAUGGCAAUGAUGGCGAUUUGGCAAUAUGUUCAUGUCCUCAAGUACCGGUAUGAGCUAAGGGAGAAGAUUUCUGGUGAAACCGCUAUACAAAUGGCUACAAAUCCUGAUGUGAACCGUGUUCCAGGGAUUGGUCUGUUUUACACGGAGCUUGUUCAUGGUAUUACUCCAUUGUUCUCCCACUAUAUCUCAAAUCUUUCCUCGGUCCACUCGGUUUUCGUCUUGAUAUCGAUCAAAUCACUUCCUAUAAACCGUGUGGCAUCAUCAGAACGAUUCUUUUUCCGUUAUGUCGGACCAAAAGAUUCAGGAAUGUUUCGGUGUGUUGUGAGGUAUGGUUACAAGGAAGACAUUGAAGAGCCUGAUGAGUUCGAGCGUCAGUUUGUUCAUUACUUAAAGGAGUUUAUCCAUCAUGAGUACUUCAUGUCCGGAGGAGGAGAAGAGGACGAGGAGGGAAAGGAAGAGGAAGCAAAUGUUGAGAGUACACUUGUUCCCUUGUCUAGCUCCGUGCCUUCAUCGGGGAGGAUAGGUUCCGCGCAUUCAUCUUCGUCGAACAAGAUUAGGUCGGCAAGAUUGGUCCAGGUGCAAUCCGCGGAGGAUCAGACAGAGUUAGUGGACAAAGCAAGAGAGAAAGGAAUGGUUUAUCUAAUGGGAGAGACAGAGAUUACGGCCGAGAAAAGUUCUUCAUUGUUUAAGAAGUUUAUAGUGAACCAUGCUUACAAUUUCUUGAAGAAGAAUUGUCGGGAAGGAGACAAAGCACUUGCCAUACCAAGGUCCAAGCUACUCAAGGUUGGUAUGACUUAUGAGUUAUAAGAUUCUUGAAUUCGUCUUUUGUUUGUGUAGUGUGUUCUCGUGUUUGUGUCAUGUGUGUCUUUUACACGUAUAGUCUAA